AUGCCCGCAAGAUCUGUAUUUAGAAAAUAAUCUAUAAAAAUAAUAAAAAUGGGCACAAAGCAGUAUUUCGAUAACAAGAAGUAACGAACUGCCAACAGUUCAAAGAGAAAACCUAAGGACUUCAUCUGGUAUAACAUUGCAGAUUAUUGAAAAAUGUACUACCGCAAACUUUAUACAUGCAGAUUUAUAUUGAGAGCUUCUUGGACUCUGAUAUGAACACACCUAUAAUAUCGACCGAAAGCGUAUUGAAACGCCAAAAUACUGUGGAAUGGUGGUACUUCGGCCCGGUCAUAUUGGCUGUAGUUAUGUUCCUUCUGAUGGGCACAAUCUUUGAACGAAAAAUUGAAGCUAUUUAUCGUAGAAUUCUGGAACGCCGUCAAGCGCAACAUCUAGCGCAACAGACAGAGAAUCAAGAAAUACCUCUGUGUGGAGAUCGGACGACCUCACUGCACACUGUCAAGACCCCGUCUCAGAGGACCCUCGGCAGCUACAGGGCCGGGAGCACAACCACAGAAAUCAAUCCACAACCAAUAGAACUGAAACCUCAAUGUAUACCUUAAUACAUAAGAUCAUUCCGAGAUUAAUGUACAUUUUGGAAGAACAGCCAGAUCCCCAAAUGUACAGAUACCAGGGCAUGGUGACUUGGAUCGUCUUUCUCAACAACAGCCUGAUAGAUUACGAGACUUUCCUGAAGAAUUACUUCAAAAAAUGUGAUGUCAUUGCAAAGAAGUUCAACCAGAUAUCGGGAAAUAUUCCUUCGUUUAAUGAUAACGCGUUCAAUUAACAUGCAUUAAACAUUGAUGUCAGGUUCCCUCUACUGUGGUUUGGUGACGGCAGAGUACGAUCAAUUCUAAUCUACCACUCAUACAUCUUCAAAAAUCAAGAUGUUAUUAUGAAUCUUCUUUUUGUAAUACUCAACGCUCUGUCUUCAUCCAUUUGCAAACCUAAAUAGAAAAAGGUAUAACAUUUGACCAUUGCAAAGAACUAAGUCGAACAAAAUAAUUUUAGAAGAACCAUACAGUGUAAUUAUGAAACCAUACAGUGUAAUUAUGAAACUAACAAGUCAGGUUUGAAGUUCUACAUUCAUCUGAACUUGCCGAAAAUAUGUUAGUUGAAAAAGAAUACUGUUUCCAAAAUACAUUCGCUGUAUGAACUCUCGACUAAAAACAUAAUGGUGACUAGCUAAAUAUAUCGGACUUUAAAAAUUAUGCAAAAAAGGGGAACCUGAGAUCUAAAUGUAGCCGUAAUGGACUACCUUUGCAAGCAGGCACUUUAGUAAUGUAACAGCUUCAGAGAAACGUGAAUAUUUCCCUUUGAUCUCACCCAUUAAUAACUCCAACUAACUUACCACUAAAAGGAGCCAAAGCUUAACAUUUUUCAAACUAAACCAUGUUUAAGAAAUAUAAUAAACG